CCCCAUUUCCUCUCACCACUCAAACCCAAUCCAAGCCCUCCAUCUCCCACAACCCAAAUCCAAGCCCUCCAUCUCCAGAGCUUCCACCUCUCACCAAUGGCGCGCGCAUCAGCAGCCCAGCUCGUCCUGCUCGCAGCCAUGGCGGCCCUGCUCCUCUCCGCCUUCGUCACCGACGCGGCCAUCAGCUGCGGCCAGGUGAACUCGGCGGUGGGGCCGUGCCUGAGCUACGCCAGGGGGACGGGCGCGUCCCCGUCGGCGGCGUGCUGCAACGGCGUGAAGAGCCUGGCGGCGGCGGCAAAGAGCUCCGCCGACAAGAAGGCGGCGUGCGCGUGCCUCAAGAGCGCCGCGGGCAGGAUGAGCGGGCUCAACGCGGGGAACGCCGCCGCCAUCCCCUCCAAGUGCGGCGUCAGCAUCCCUUACACCAUCAGCCCCUCCGUCGACUGCUCCAGGGUCAACUAGAGAGAUCGAGAGAUCGGCCGUCUUCUCCGGCUCCGGCGCCGGCGGGCGGCGGCCAUGGACGUACUGGAGAGUGUGAGCAUAUAUAUUUAUACGACGAAUAAAAGUCUGCCACGUGGCGGGUAGCUGCCACGUAGAUGCAUGCAUGCAUGCGUUGCGUGCAUGAGUGCUGCGAGCUAGGCACACGCCAUGUUGUUGUUGUGUAUCGAUGUGUGUUUGUUUGAAUGUUCCUGUUUUCCGUUAAAUUUGGCUCUCCUUUUUGAAGGAGACACGUCAUGUGCUACACAUCUCUUGAUAUUUAUCUACCACAUGUUUGAAAUAUUGAUUGUGC